UCUCUCAUACACACACACACACACACACACACUCUCUCUCUCUCUCUCUCUCUCUCUCUGCUUCUCUCGCGACGCUGAGCCACAAAGCGGACCGUCGGCGCACGGCAGAGGCACCUCGCCGCUUCAGGGUGAAGAUGUACGGCGGUUUGUGCGCCCGUAAGCUGGCUCGCCGGUCGCGGUCAGCGUUAAUCGCCGCGCUGACGGUGCUGCUGGUCCAAACGCUCAUCGUGUGGAACUUCAGCAGUCUGGACACCGGAGAAGAGCGAAAAGACAACGGCAGAGAGAAGAGGGACCGGAUCGGCAUCAACAAAGCCUUCAGCGAGUACCAGAAGAGCGGCGUCCAGACGAGGCAUCAGCAGCAGCCGCCGCUGGGGAGAGCGGCCAGUCGACACAAACAGCAGCCGGACGGCUACUACUCGCAUCGGCCCAAGGAGAAAGUCCGGGUGGACAGCAACAAUGAGAACUCCGUUCCCAAAGACUUUGAGAAUAUAGACAACAGUAAUUUCGGGGCACGUUCACAGACUCCGAGACAUGCACCCGGCAAGCACAAACAAGGCCUUCUGGAGAAGGCGCAUGCGCAGCAAAGCCUGAGCAAGAACUCCAACGAGGUCAUUCAGUAUGCACAGAACAAAGGUGGCUUUAAUCAGACGCGCCCCGACCGUCAGCGGAGGGCCGAUCCCACCCUCCGUCCACAGCAGUCCCAGCAGCACCGGCACCACCUGCAGCAGGCCAAGCGAUCGGCCACGCCCACCGCCGACUUGAAGUACGAUCAGCCGCCCAAAUGCGAGAUCAGUGGAAAAGAGGCGAUCUCCGCCCUUUCUCGCGCCAAGACCAAGGAGUGCCGGCAGCAGAUUGCAGAGGUUUACUGCCGCCACAAAGAACGCAAGCUCAUGCCCGAGAAGGUCACCCGUUACUGCCCCGUAGAGGGCAAAGUAAAUAUGAAUGUGCAGUGGGAGGAUGACUCUAUGGAGACUGUGCCUGUGGUACCAGUGCGGAUCGCCUUCAUGUUGGUGGUUCACGGACGGGCCUCACGCCAGGUGCAGCGUCUCUUCAAGGCCAUCUACCACACGUCCCAUUACUACUACAUUCAUGUGGACCAGCGAUCCAACUACCUGCACAGGCAGAUGGUGGCUCUGGCUCGCCAGUAUCCCAACGUCCGGGUCACGCCGUGGCGCAUGUCUACGAUAUGGGGCGGAGCCAGUCUGCUCACCAUGUAUCUGCAGAGCAUGAAGGACCUGCUGGCCAUGCAAGAUUGGUCCUGGGAUUUCUUCAUCAACCUGAGUGCUGCUGAUUACCCAAUCAGGACCAAUGAUCAGCUGGUGGCCUUCCUGUCCAAAUACAGGGAUAUGAAUUUCAUCAAGUCCCACGGGAGAGAUAACGCUCGAUUCAUCAGAAAACAAGGUUUGGACCGGCUUUUCUUCGAGUGUGACACCCAUAUGUGGCGGCUUGGAGACAGGAAAAUUCCAGAAGGCAUAUCUGUGGACGGAGGCUCUGACUGGUUUCUGCUCAACCGAAUGUUCGUGGACUACGUCAUCAACAGUCAAGAUGACCUUGUGACCAACAUGAGACGUUUCUACGCAUACACACUCUUACCUGCAGAGUCGUUCUUCCACACGGUUCUGGAGAACAGCCCGCACUGCGAGAGCAUGGUGGACAACAACCUCCGCAUCACUAACUGGAAUCGAAAGCUAGGCUGCAAGUGUCAGUACAAGCACAUCGUGGACUGGUGCGGCUGCUCGCCCAACGACUUCAAGCCCUCCGACCUGCCCCGUUUCCAGCAAACCACCAGGCCCACAUUCUUCGCCAGGAAGUUUGAAGCAAGUGUAAAUCAAGAGAUCGUGAAUCAGCUGGACGCCUUCCUGUUCGGGAGCAUGCCCCAGGGCACGCCGGGUCUCAAGGCCUACUGGGAGAAUGUUUUUGAUGAAGCGGAUGGUAUUCACAGCCUGUCCGACACUCAUCUCACUCACUAUCAUGCCUUCGCCCGAUUGGGUCUGGCUCGGACCGGCAACUCGUUACAGGGUGACACCAGUGACAACAGCUGCAGGUAUUUUUCCAUGGGACAUCCUGUGUCUGUCCACAUCUACUUCCUGUCUGAUGAGUUCCAGGGAUACCUGGUCAGGCAUCAUGCCACCAACCUGGCCACCAGCAAACUUGAAACCCUGGAGACCUGGGUCAUGCCCAAGCAGUUCUUCAAGUUCACCAAUCCACCCAAUACCUUCAACAGACUGCAGUCUGCAGAGAUUGGAACAGACUGGGAUGCUAAGGAAAGGAUAUUCCGGAACUUUGGGAAUCUGAUGGGACCCAUGGACGAGCCUGUGGGAAUGCAGAAGUGGGCGAAAGGGUCAAAUGUGACCAUGACUGUGGUGUGGAUUGACCCCACCAAUGUCAUCGCUGCCACCUACGACAUCCUGAUCGACGCCAGUGCGGAGUUCACUCACUACAGGCCUCCGCUGAACCUGCCCCUGCGGCCCGGCAUGUGGACCGUACGUGUGCUGCACCACUGGAGCCCUGUGGCAGAGACACGCUUUCUCAUCACUCCUCUGAGCCACCACAAACACCUGCCCAUACGCCAAGAGGAUGCUGUAAGAAUGCACAACGGGCCGGCCAAGAACAGCUACAUGGAGCAGAGCUUCCACGGCCUGAACCCCAUCCUCAACAUCCCAGUGCACCUGGGUCAGGUGGAAGCAGCCGAACACAACGCAGAGCUCACGGGGCCCGAGCUGGAGCGCUGGGUGGACGGUCUAGUGGGCGAGGUGUGGUCAGCUGUGGACGUGUGUUCAACAGGCCCCAGUGGCUGUCCGGUCAUGCAGACUUGCAGAGAAACGGUGUGGAGCUCUCUCAGCCCGGACCCAAAGUCCCAGCUGGGCUCACCCAAAACCAACGGGCGAAUCAGGUAGCAGCAUUCACUGCCCUGAAGACUCGCCUUUUUUCAUUUCUUAGGCCAUUUUGUUUUUAUUUAUUUUCCAGCAUCGCUCAUGUGAAUAUGAGCAAAAUGGCCCUCUCUCAAACGCAAGACGCAGGGCCUCGAAAGUUUACGCUGGGAAGUUUUUUUUGUUUUUUGUUUUAAUGUGUGCCCUCUCAAACUCUUGAGUGCUUUAGUGAUGUGAGUGCUGUCAGGCUUGUCUAUAUUUAAUUUAUUUUGAUUACUGUGAUUGAAUCUUUGUCAGCUGGAAGCAGCAGGUGAUGCCUAAAUGUAGGUGUCACCGCUGAAUGCUGGGAUUGGGAUAUUAAGCACAGAAUGGACCUUAACACUGGUUGUAAGACCAAAAGGUAUGUUGGUAUACUAAGCCUCUAUAUUUAAAAGCAAACACACUUGCACCUAACAUAAAUGGUAGAAGGAGCGUUUUUCAACCUAUGCCUUAUUAAAACCAAUGUUUCAGAUCGUAUAUAACGUUCUGUAGUACAACAUUUGUGUGUUUCAUUAGUUUUUAGAAAAGUAGUUCCAUUUUAAUAAGGCUUUCACUGGGUCAACUGCAGUCAAACUCCCCUAAUAAAGUCUCUUGAUUAGUUUUAAUAAGUUAUUGGUUGAAAAACAUCUGGUUUUAAUAAUGAACAAGUCAAAGAGAUCCAGUGUCGUGCAAGAUGCCAACCUCCACAGAAUGCUAUGACCUUUGGAGGCAAAGAGGAAGCAGUUAGUUAUUCUGUUCAAAAAUGUGUCACUCUUCUGUAUAAUCAGAAAGCCCUGGUUAUACUUUGGUAGUAAUGGUAGCUACAAACAAUAAAAAGGACAAAUAAGUGGUAGUUGCAUGUAAGUCAAGCUAGCAGGCUUAUCAGUUAUCAGGCUAGAGAUGUGCGAAGGCUGGAGAGCUUGCAAGCUAACGGAAAACAGAACAGGAAAGCUUUUGAGCACAUUUAGCUUUAGUUAUGUAAUGUGAUAGGCGAUGCAUACUACCGUUCAAAAGUUUGAGGUCAGUACAUUUUUGAAACAAGUCUUUAUUCUCACCAAGGCUGCAUUUAUUUGAUCAGCAAUGUAGUAAAACAGUAAUAAUAUGAAAUACUGCAAUUUAAAAUAACUGUUUCUAUUAACUGUGAAUGUCAGCAUCAUUACUUCAGUGUCACACGAUCCUUCAGAAAUCAUUCUGAUAUGAUGUUUUAGUGCUCAAGAUACUUUCCUAUCUUCAUCAGUGUUGAAAACAUCUGUUCUGCUUUUUAAUUAAUUAUUAUUAUUAUUAGUUUUUAAGCUUCUUAAAAACAUCUUACUGACCCUUUUGAACUUUUCAACAGUAGUGUAAGUGUAAAGAUGGGAAAACUGUUUAGCUAGCAAUUUUGUUUUGGCUUCUUUACUAAUAUUUCUAAUCAGGCGUCACAUAGAGUAUUGAUAAAGAUGUUUUAGUCAAUUAGUUCGCUUCAUGAUCCAAGGGGAAAGGAUUCUGUGGAGAGGUCAAAACUUGCACGAUACCAAGCUACAAUUCUGUGAGCGAGAGAGUCUCGAGUGUCUUGUGCGACUGUCUGAAAUGGAAAGUGCCGGCUGUGCUGGCACAGCACAAAAAAAAUCUAUUUCUUUGCCUCUUUAUUGGUUUAUAAUUUUUCCUUUCCCCUGAACAGAGGUACUGGGUAGCUGAGUUGGGUUAUAAGUUGGCUAUUUAUUCAUGUGUUUAUAUAAAUGAAAUAGAUAUUUUUUUAGUCAAUGACUAAUGUCUAUAUGCUGUUUUUGCAGCUCAUUCAAUACCUUUUGUAAACAAGCUGCCUUUAUUUACAAAGGCUAUCAUCCCAACCAUAUUACAAGAUGCGGUACUAGUAUGGGCGUUAGGAAAGACCCUUCUGCCCCUCCACCUGAGGUUCACAUGUUCAAUUGACAAAUGUUGAGCUCUUCGGGAAACUUAACUGGAUGAAUGAUCUUAAAUGACCUCAGUCAUGCUGCUUGUCAUUUUCUUUAUUCUAGUGUUUUUAUACGAGCCAGUGUUCGGUACUUUCGCCAUAUAUUGGGCAAACGAACAAAAACGGACAUUGGCUGGACUGGAUGGUAGCAUCCAUGGAAUUUUUAACAUGGUUCCUGAAGUUCCUGGGUUCAGUCUCUUUUCUGCACGUACAACCGUUUGGACGUCACAUUUUCCAGAUCGGGCCGUCUGGAUUACUCACAUCCAUAAUAAUGAUAGGGUGGCCUCUCAGAUCUGACUGAGAUGUAUUUUUAGUGAGGAAGAUUGCAAGCUUGCUGGACUCGACAGUUUGCAUUGGCCCAACAUUUUCUCCAUUUUUACCAACCUUUAAUGUUUCUACAUUGCAAAUGUACGACUCCAUAUUUAAACUGGGCUAGUGUGGCUUGUUGCACUCUCUUAUUUGAGGAGCACGUCUCCUCUGGGACUCUGACCCCGGCCUAGACAUCACUUUGUAUGCAGUCUGAUUGUUAUCUGGUCUUCAGAGAUGUGGCGUCCCGCCCAGGGUGCGCAAACAAUGAAAUGUCAUUGCUGUCAUGUGAUCCAAAGGAGGAUGCGACCUUAAAAUUUCAAUAAAGCACUCUUGUCAUUCAAAUGUUCACAACGGGGUGCGAAAUGGGAAUGCAUUGCUAUUAAAAAAAAUUAUAUAGCGUCUAUUGCUUGUCUAAGUGGUGUUACAUCUGUACUGUACAAGUGAAAGUGCAAAUUAUUUGAUAUUCAUAAAAGAGAAGUUCUGUGAAAUGAUCUAUUUACAUACAACUCAUUGACUUCUGAUUCACAAUCUCGGCUGUAAGUGAGGAUUCAGCCGCUGGAUAGUAAAAUAUUAAUGUUAAGAUCCAUUUUACACUUAAAGGUGAAGUGUGUCAUGUUCAAAUAAUUUCCUAUUCCAGUUCUGUGUGCAGAUUCCUCCCAAUGAAUGCAAACUUCAUUUUUGAUAAAACUGCUCUGUUUGUCUGAGUUUGGGGCAAGGCGAGGGAUGGGGCGUGGCCUAAAACAAUAUGUGUUCAACUUCCGUCGGAUUUAACCGUUUUGCUGCUUGUAGUCAGGGAAUGAGUUCAAAACAAAGACAUCAAGUCAGACGCUUUCUGCUUCCUGUGAGGUUGCUUGCUCUGUUUGUGUAUGUUAUUUCAGAUGUAUGUGCUGCUUAAUACAGAGCCUGUGUUUAAGAAAAAGGUUGAGUGUAAGCGUAUACUAUUAAAACAGUGGAGUCUAUAUUUCUUAUUUUUAACAUUUUCUUUUGAAUAUUAACAUGCCACAGUCUAACAUUAAGAAAACAUAGCAAGAUACACAUUAACUGUUACACAAAAAGAUGUAUGAGUAACUGAAGGUAUCAGAAUAAACACAACACAUGUCUCAAGCCCAUUCUGAAACCGCUGUGUCAUCAACAGAGCUCCAGGAGACAAUGUGAAGACUGCUCUUGAAUUGUUCUCAUGGUACUUAAUGGCAGAAGUCAAAGAACAUAUUUUCUAACUCUCAUGCACUGCUUCAAGAAGCCGACUGGCUUGUGCAGCGCCUCGUGAAGUCCAACACGUCUCAUAAUAUUUGCUGUUCUGUUUGAUGUUAUACAAAUUACACACUUCACCUUUAAAAGGAUAGUUCAUCCAAAGCAGAAACUUCCGUCAUGGUUUACUCACCCUCAUGUCGUUCCAUCUUCUAUGGGACACAGAAGAUUUAAUUUAUAAAAUGUUAUUUUUGUCAGUGCAAUUAAAGUCAGUAGGGUUCAAAACAACACCAACUUUUUUAAUUGGCUGGGUUAAAAAAUGAUGACAUUUCUUCAUAAAUGAUGACCGACGUUACUUUUUUUUUUUUUUUUUUAAGAUCUCUGCAGUGGGUGAAUCUAACCUCACAAAUACAGCAACGUACCUCUUUCUUUCACAUUACUUUACAGAAAUAUCUAAUCUGACGUUCACGUUGAAAUGGUAUUUAUUAGCACAUCUCUUCUGUACUAUAGCUAUUUUGGUAGGAAUGACAAUGUAAAGUAUUUUGUAUUGGACUGGCGUUCAUAAGUUUUGUAAAUAACCUUGUUUUUAAAAAAAGCCGUGUCAAAGUGGGUCAGGUUUUGGUGUAUUUAUGGGCAUGUGAAGGGCUGUAGAAGUCUGAGUGUGUGGUUUGGGCUCUUAAUAAACGUUUUUGCCUUUCAGAGACUCGUAUGCCAGAUUGCCGUUCUCUGUGCUGGAAUGUUUCGUUGAGCAACUGUUGCACAAUUGAUUUAAACUCUUCAGUCGGAGGGGACCUCUGUGCCUUAGCUGUUGUUCCCAACCUUUGUGUCUGUAAGCAUCAAACAUGUCGUCUCCGUAUCUUUCAUUUCUCCAGCAAACCAAAAACCUGCUGUUGUUAAUGCCUUCUGUAUCAGUGUUCUUUUGGUUUUGCUGUCCUUUUCUUCAUAUUGAAUUUUGAAAUAAUAAAAAACACCUUUGUCAUCUCA